AAAUUUCUGCCACUUUAAACCGGCCCAUUUCUCAUUUGCUGAGACUAAGGGGUUUUUAGGCCUGACCGAUUUUUAUCAUCGCUUCAUUCAAUGCUACGCUCACAUUGCCGCCCCACUCACGGACCUCCUUAAGAAGGGAACGUUCACUUGUUCUAUUCAAUGCUACUCAGGCUGCCCUUGAAGAGUUGCAGUGAGCAAUGACCACUGCCCAAAUUUUGGCCUUACCCAAUUUCUCCCUUCCCUUCACUCUUGAGACAGAUGCGUCGGGUGUCGUUAUUGGGGCUGUUCUAUCUCAAGGGGGCUAUCCAAUCACCUACUUCAGCAAGAAGUUAUCCCAAAAAAUGCAGGCAUUCAACGUAUGAGAGAGAGAGAGAGAGAGAGAGAGAGAGAGAGAGAGAGAGAGAGGUCACUAAAACAAGAUAUAUAAAGGCAUAGACAUCAUGAUAUCAAAUGAUAUUCUCGUCCAGAGGCUUCUAAUGACGAAAAAAAUGGGUUACGUUGGGUUAGGUUUCUUUUGUUUCUUUCUGCCACUAUGUGUGUUUGUAUCUCAGCCUCUUUGCGUCUUCUUUCCCUUCUUUCGAGUCCUUUCCAUGGCCUGUGGUCCAAUCGAAGAUGGUGACGAUGCCACUGUUGACGACGAUGAAUCCGACAAUGCAGAUCAUCUGCUUAUCGUGACCCAUAAGCUGCAGUGGUCGGAGAUCAAUUCGGCCCUAAUUCUCCUUGUUGCUGCCCUAGCGCACUCCCCGCGAUACCGUCCACCAUCUCCUCCACCGCGGUAUCCAUCACAUCCUCCACCAUCCCGCCUCCACCAUCCCCAUCACCACCUCCAUCUCUUCCAUCUCCACCACCAUCAUCUUCAUCGUCCCACAAUCUCUUUUGCAGCAGAAUCCACCACUAGCGAAAGACGUGCCACCGACAGCACUACCAUAUGCUCCAGUCGGUCCAAUGUGGAUUCCGCAUCCUCACCUUGGCCUUUUUUUCCGGAUUUGAAGAACCUCUACUCUGUCUGUCAGAGGAUCCGCAGGUUGAAAGCACCAGAUUUGAGAAUCAAGUUGUUUCUCUAAGCAAAAUGGCCUCACUUUACCAGAAAAAAAUUUUCAAGCGACGUUUUGGUGGGACCAUUGUUACUUGUAAUGCCCUUUUCAGAUCUCAUCCUUGGGAUCUCAAUGGGUGGAGCACAAGAUGGCACCGAUGCCAGAGGUUUCACAGGAGACGACAUCACGAAGGGCAUUGUUGAGGACUCACUGAUGGUGUGUUAGGAGUGUGUAGACUGGUAUGAUGUGCGCUAUAAUCUUUGGAAAGCAUGAGAUUUUGGAUACAAUACCCCUUCCCUUUUUUUUUUAAUUAUUUUUGGCAUUUGUCAUGUACCCAAUCACAUUCCAAGUCUUGUCUACAACAAUAUCACUAGGGAUUAGUUUGGUUUUAUUCAAACCCAAGCCCUGGAGACCCUGCCAAUUGCAUGUAAGAUAAUGUUAUAUUCCACUCCCUUGUGUUGUUCAUGCUUUUUGUUUGAACAAUUUUUUUAUUAUUUAAAAAAAAAAGGAAAAAAAAGAAAACAAGACUUGAACGUUGAACUAUUUAUAGAGAGAUUAAGCCUUCUAGA